AAACAGCAGCUCAGGCUCUGUCCCUUCUCCCCUCAGCGCUAUUUUCUCUCCAAGAAACUUCUCCGAGGCAGAGGGAGGAAGAAGCCCGUGGCGGCAGCAGGUGGCGGCAGAAGUGGAGGCGAGGAGCCCAGCAGGAUGUAGUCUCCCUCCUACCCUGGCCCUCAGAGCCUACAGGACCUUCUGCUUUUCCUGGGAAAGAUCCAGGCGCUCUCCGCCCCCUGCGGCCACCGCACACCUUGGCAGGGGCUGACUCCAGAAAGCCAGCUAAGAGGGCCCCGGGAGCCAUGUCUCUCCUCGCGUGGCUGCGGUGGAGCGAGGCCCCGCCCCGGCUGUCGGCCCGGAGCCCGGCGGAGAUGGUGCUGGAGACGCUCAUGAUGGAGCUGGCGGGGCAGAUGCGCGAGGCCGAGAGGCAGCAGCGUGAGCGCAGCCACGCGGAGCGCAAGAUCUGCACGGGCGUGGACUACAGCUGGCUGGCCAGCGCGCCGCGGCCCUCCUACGACCUCAGCCCCGGCGAGCGGCUGCAGCUGGAGGACGUCUGUGCCAAGAUCCACCCGUCCUACUGCGGGCCUGCCAUCCUCAGGUUCCGGCAGCUGCUGGCCGAGCAGGAGCCGGAGGUGCAGGAGGUGUCCCGGCUCUUCCGCGCGGUGCUGCAGGAGGUCCUGGAGAGGAUGAAGCAGGAGGAGGAGACCCACAAGCUGACGCGCCAGUGGAGCCUGCGGCCCCGCGGCAGCCUGGCCACCUUUAAGACCCGCGCGCGCAUCGCCCCCUUCGCCAGCGACAUCCGCACCAUCUCCGAGGACGUGGAGCGCGACGCGCCGCCGCCGCCCCGCACCUGGAGCCUGCCGGAGUUCCGGGCGCCCAAGACCGACUGACCCCCGCCACUCCCCUGCGCAGGAGCUGAGCCGCCUGCAGGAGGGCAUGAUGGGCUGCGGGCCGGGUCCCCAAGUCCUGGAGCCUCCCCACCCUCUACCCUGGCGGGGAGACCACAGAGGGGACUCCACCGAUGAGAUGGAACAGCCCCGCCCCGCCCCACUCUCUUUCUCUGGACGCUGGGCCCCUCCCUCCCCUGCCCAGAUGAGCAGCCCCUCCAGCCUCAAUAGAGAUUUAAGGUCUUGGCAGGCAGACCCGGCCCUCGGCCCCUCUCCUUCUGCUCCUAUCUGGAAGGGGCAAGAGUUGCUGCUUUCUUUGACAAGCCCUGGGUUCUCACCCCAACUUG